AUGGCGGCUUAUGGAGCUCUGGUUUCUCUUAUGCAUUUCAUAGAUCGGCUUGAAAAACAUCCUUCCCCUCCAAUUUCUAUCCACAAACAGCAAGUUGAAUCUCUUACUGAAAUUGUUACCUUCUUGCAAGAUUUUCUUGAUGCUUAUAUUUCCCCAGUUGUGGAUGACCAUGAAGCAGAUCCAUUGGAGCGUCGCAUUGCUGAUGCAGUUUAUGCAGCUGAGGAUGUCAUCGAAUCCCAAAUUGUGCUUCAAAUUGAAAACCAAUCCACAGUUAUUGGAAGAAGUCCAGUUUAUAACCGAUCCACAAUUCGUAGGAAGAUGUCCAGUUUUAUCAACUUGUUUCGAGAUCUGUGUAAAUGGGCAACUAUUGUGGAGUGGGAAGAUGUAAAUGCAGCUGACGACUUCGUGGGAAGAUGUCCAGUUGAUAGAAAUGAAUUCUAUCUCGAUCUGCAACAAGUGAUAGAAGAAAUGAAUUUGAUCAAGAAGGAAGCCAUGGAGAUUGCUGCCGCUGCUCAACUGCAGAGAAAGGUCUCCUCACCUCAUACUGCCUCCUCUUCCACUGUGAAGGAAAUCGUGAUGGUGGGCUUCAAGGAGGUGAUAGUUGAAGUGCUGGAUAAGCUCACCGGAGGCCAACGCAGUCGUCAAAUCAUCUCAAUUAUGGGUAUGGGCGGCAUUGGUAAGACCACUCUUGCCCGACAUCUAUUUGAACAUGCGCUUGUUAAACAUCGUUUUGAUAUUUGCGCUUGGACUACAAUUUCUCAAACUUAUAAUGUGAAAGAAACACUUAGAGAAGUUCUUUUCCAAGCAAGUGGAAAUUCAGGUAGUGAUCUGAGUGAGGACGAAUUGGGAUUAAAACUAUACCAGUAUUUAUGGGGUAGGAGGUAUCUCAUAAUUAUGGAUGAUAUGUGGAGUGUAGAGCUAUGGGAUGAGAUCAAGUUUUUCUUUCCUGAUGGCAAUGAUGGGAGUCGAAUAAUUGUAACAACAAGGAUGUCAAACUUGACUUCGCAGUUGGGUGAGUCUUAUGGUGUUGAUAUGAAAUUUCUAGAUGAGGCUAGUAGUUGGGAUUUGUUCACCCAGACUGUGUUUGGGGGAGAAAGUUUCCCUCAUGAGUUGGAGGAUAUUGGAAAGAAUAUUGUAGCAAAUUGUAAAGGGCUUCCUUUAUCAAUUGCUACAAUUGGAGGUCUUUUGGCGAAAUCUGAGCGCACUAGAGAAUAUUGGAUGCAUAUAGAGCACAAUUUAAAUUCAAUUGUCAUUACGAAUAAUGAUGAAUUUUGCUUGAAAAUUUUACGAUUGAGCUAUACCUAUCUGCCCAACUAUUUGAAGCCAUGUUUUUUGUAUAUGGGUGUUUUUGAGGAAGAUCGUUCAAUUCGUGCCUCAGCUUUGAGGAAGCUAUGGGUUUCAGAAGGAUUUUUAAAACCCGUGAGUGGAAAAUGUUUGGAAACAAUAGCAAAAGAGUACUUAAAGGAGUUGGUAGAUAGAAAUCUGAUUUUAGUUGAUAAGUUGGGGUUUAGUGGAAAUGUAAAGUUUUGUAAGAUUCAUGAUUUGUUGAGGGACGUGUGCUUGAAAGAAGUUGAAAAGGACAGGUUUUAUCGUAUCAUAGGAAAGCCUCCUUCAGUCAUACAAAACGAACGUCGGGUUGUUUUUAAAAAUGCUGGAAGUUGGGUAAUAAGUGAAGUCUCGAGAUCUUGGUCACAUGCUCGUUCGAUAAUAUGUGAUGGCGAGGGGAGAAACUUUGAAAGGCCUCACAAUCUUAGAUUGUUGAGAACAUUCAAAUCAUGUGCUAGAGAUACAGCUGGAGUUUUUUCAAAAGAGGAUACUGAGGGACAUGGUUUUAAUUUCCUAGACAAUGUUUUUCAACUGGUGAACUCACGGCUCCUUGCUGUUAGACUUCAUCAGGAGUCCAAAUUCCCUUCUUCAAUCAAAUUGCUUUGGAAUCUACAUACGUUAAUAGUUUAUUGUUGGCAUGAAGUUGUUGCACCGAUUGAGAUUUGGAAAUUACAUCAACUUAGGCAUCUCAAGUUUAGGUUAGCAGGAUUGAUUCUACCAGAUCCUCCGAGUGAGAUGGUUGUCAUGGAGAAUCUACAAACGCUCGUAGGAGCGAAGAAUUUGUGCUUGAAUGAGGAGGUGGUUCAAAGAAUUCCCAAACUCAAGAAAUUGCAUCUAUUUUACAAUUCCAAAGAUAUGGAGAGUUUGAGAAAAUUGAAACAAAUGGAGAGAGCAAACUGUUUGAGCUAUCUUGAGUGUCUGAGUAAAUUGGAAAACUUGUACUGCAUAUUUAGAGGUGGAUGUGAUGAUGAGUAUUUGCACAGGAUUAGUUUCCCACACUCCCUCAAGAAGUUGAAGUUAACUCUCUCUACUGGUCAUCUGGAGUUGGUAGAGAUGUUGGAAAAGAUAGGGACAUUGCCCCUUCUUCAGAAGUUAGUAUUACAUCAUGGUAGAUUCAAAACAGGCAAAUGGGACACUAUUGAGGGCCAAUUCCAGAGCCUCAAGCUACUACAAUUGGAUGAGUGUGAAGGUCUUAAAAAUUGGACGAUGGCAGACAGCUCCCACUUUCCACUUCUCCAGGAGCUUCGUCUUCAAGGUUUGCGACAAUUGGAGGAGAUCCCUUCCGAAGUUGGAGAGAUAGCAACGCUGAAAUCAAUUACUUUGGAAGAUUGCAGUGAAUCAGCGGUAGAGUCAGCUAAAAAGAUAGUAGAAGAACAGCAGGAUAUAUAUGGAGACCAACUAGACCUUCAUGUUCGAGCUAUACUUCGGUACAGAGACGAAAGACUGCAGAGCUUGGCCAAUCCCAACUUUGAAGUUACAGUAAGAGGAAUAACCUUAUUAGAGAAACACUUAGAGAAGUUCUUUAAUUUUCAAGCAAGUGGGGAUUCAGAUAGUGAUGAUUUGAGUGAGGGAGAAUUGGGAUUAAAACUACACCAGUAUUUAUGGGGUAGAAGGUAUCUCAUAAUCAUGGAUGAUAUGUGGAGUAUAGAGGUGUGGGACAAGAUCAGGUUUUCCUUUCCUGGUUGCAAAAAUGGGAGUCGAAUAAUUGUAACAACUAGGCAGUCAAACUUGAAUUUGCAGUUGGAUGAGUAUUAUGGCAUUAGUAUGAAAUUUCUAGAUGAGGCACUGCUAUCAGACUUCGCCACGCUAUCCUCCUUCUCCUUCUCCUUGCCAGUGGCGCCGCCUCCACCUCCCGACUAUCUGAUCUGA